ACCCUGCUUGCAUGUUUGACCUCCGUGGAAGGUCUCUACCCAGAACGAAUCGUUUACAGACAGUCUUCGAUGAUGAAACCACCCUCUCGAGUUUGAAAAGAGACGAGGCUGCUUUAAGAGAGAAACAGGAAGUUGUAACUAGAAGCCCUCUGAAUGCUAAGCCAUCUGAACGCUUGUGAAGUAGCAACAAAGUAGCAGCGUUUAUUCUGAAAUUCCGUGGCUGCCAGUCUGUCCUGGACAAAUCUCUUCAAAGUGCUCAUCCCUCACCCAGGGAUUUCUGAGCAUCACGUUUCAGCUAGUGGAGAAUGGCGGGGCAGCUUCGGCUUACGACAGGCAAGGAUGAAGAUCACUUCCAACACCAGGGAGCAGUGGAGCUGCUUGCCUUUAAUUUUUUGCUCAUCCUUACCAUUUUAACAAUAUGGUUAUUUAAAAAUCAUCGAUUCCGCUUUUUGCAUGAGACUGGAGGCGCGAUGGUGUAUGGUCUCAUAAUGGGGUUAAUUUUACGAUAUGCCACAGCACCAACUGAUAUUGAGAGUGGAACUGUCUACGAGUGUGGGAAAUUGUCAUUCAGCCCAUCAACUCUGCUAGUCAACAUCACUGACCAAGUUUACGAAUAUAAGUACAAGAGAGAAAUCAGUCAGCAUAACGUCAGUCCCCACCAAGGCAAUGCCAUCCUGGAGAAGAUGACAUUUGACCCAGAAAUAUUCUUCAACGUUUUACUGCCUCCCAUUAUAUUCCAUGCAGGAUACAGCCUGAAGAAGAGACACUUUUUUCAAAACCUGGGAUCAAUUUUAACAUACGCCUUCUUGGGAACAGUCAUCUCCUGUGUGGUCAUAGGGUUAAUUAUGUAUGGCUUUGUGAAGAUCAUGGUGUAUGCCGGCCAGCUGAAGAGUGGGGACUUCCAUUUCACUGACUGUUUAUUUUUUGGUUCACUGAUGUCUGCUACAGAUCCAGUGACGGUGUUGGCCAUUUUCCAUGAACUACAUGUGGACCCCGACCUGUACACACUGCUGUUUGGGGAGAGUGUACUGAACGAUGCAGUGGCCAUCGUCCUCACAUACUCUAUAUCCAUCUACAGUCCCAAGGAGAAUCCCAAUGCGUUUGACACUGCAGCGUUCUUCCAGUCCGUGGGGAAUUUCCUAGGGAUCUUCGCUGGCUCCUUUGCAAUGGGCUCUGCAUACGCAGUUGUCACAGCACUGUUGACCAAAUUUACCAAGCUCUGUGAGUUCCCGAUGCUGGAAACAGGCCUGUUUUUCCUCCUUUCUUGGAGUGCCUUCCUGUCUGCAGAGGCCGCUGGCUUAACAGGCAUAGUUGCUGUUCUCUUCUGUGGCGUCACACAAGCACAUUAUACCUACAACAACCUGUCAUCAGAUUCCAAACUGAGGACCAAACAGCUGUUUGAAUUUAUGAACUUCCUGGCUGAGAAUGUCAUCUUCUGCUACAUGGGCCUGGCUCUAUUCACCUUCCAGAAUCACAUUUUCAACGCUCUUUUUAUACUUGGAGCCUUUCUAGCAAUUUUUGUUGCCAGAGCCUGCAACAUUUAUCCCCUCUCCUUCCUCCUGAAUCUGGGCAGGAAACAGAAGAUCCCAUGGAACUUCCAACACAUGAUGAUGUUUUCAGGUUUGCGAGGUGCCAUCGCCUUCGCUCUGGCCAUCCGCAACACAGAAUCGCAGCCCAAACAGAUGAUGUUCACCACUACACUGCUCCUCGUGUUCUUCACUGUCUGGGUGUUUGGAGGAGGAACCACCCCCAUGCUUACAUGGCUUCAGAUUCGAGUUGGUGUGGACAUGGAUGAAAGCCUAAAGGAGGAGCCCUCCUCACAGCAGGAAGCAAAUAAGUUGGAUAAAAACCCAACAAAGACAGAGAGUGCACAGCUCUUCAGGAUGUGGUAUGGAUUUGAUCACAAAUAUCUGAAGCCCAUCUUAACCCACUCAGGUCCUCCACUGACCACCACAUUGCCUGCGUGGUGUGGCCCUGUCUCCAGGCUGCUUACCAGUCCUCAGGCCUACGGGGAACACCUGAAAGAGGAUGAUGUGGAAUGUAUUGUAAACCAAGAUGAACUCGCCAUGAAUUACCAGGAACCAGACUCCUCACCCAGCAGUCCUGCCACAAAGCUAGCCCUAGAUCAGAAGCCUUCACUCGGGACUCCAGGCAAGGAAAACAUCUACGAAGGAGACCUUGGCCUCGGCAGCUAUGAACUCAAACUGGAGCAGACCCGGAGUCAACCCCAGAUGGACUAAUUUCAUGGUGAGGGCAGAUGUAAUCACAAGUGACAGUGACGCAAGACCGCUGCGGAAUGCCAACAGCCUAAGAGGCAGUGCAGAGAGAGACAGAAAGUAUUAAGGACAUAAAUUGGACAGAAUCAAAACCUUGUCGCAUGUUUCCUCCCGUGCCUUCAGAGACAAGAAUUCAUUACCUUCCCUCUGUAUUAUCCAACCUCAUUUAAUUAUCUGACAGCCAUUUUUACUGCUGGAUUGGGGGCCAGGCGAGUCAGGUCUAGCUGCCUUUGGGAUAAACCACAUGUGCCGGGUCUGCAGGGGGCUCCGCCUCCUGCUCCUCAGAUGGCUCUCCAGGCCCUUCACGUGGAGUAUGGACUACCUUCCCUUAAUUAUGGAGCAUUAACAACAUGAAAAAAGAGCCUCUGAGCAUAGCGACAGUUCUUAUCUCUUAGGACUUGGCUCCAAUUGUUCUAACUGAUUCUAAGGCCAUGGCAGAGCCCACUGAGUAUUCAGUGCCCACUAUUGAUGGCCUCGGAGAAUUUCCAUGCCUUAGGGACCCUGUUGUUCUUGCUGGCACUCUCUCCAUACUGUUCUUCCCACUAUUCCAAGGAGCUACUUGCCUCCAGGUGUGUCUAUGUUAAGCAUAGGGCCUCUUGCCAGUCUAAGGGAACUCUUUCCAGGAAAAGCUGGUUUCUUUCCCACAUUCUGUGUUUUAUCCAAAUGAUGAGCCUCCCUUCCUUGUGCACUGGAGCAACUUCUUGGCUCUUGAAGCAGGUUCCCUCUGCAUGCUGGGAAGACAUAUUUUGCAACAUGAUCCACAUGGGGGAGACUGUGCAGGGCCCUGACCUUUCCCAGUUCCAAUACUGGUGGCUGAUUGGUAGCAAAAAGGCAAAAAUAAUAGGGCUGGUGGCAUUUAAGCCACACUGAGGCACCAAGGACAAGCACCAAUCCGGACUCACCCCUUCCCAGUGUGCUCAAGGAUGCAUUGGAGAGAUCAACACAAUAGUUUUUAAUUCAGCUGCAUGACCUGUGCCUUUGAAGCCAUAAGAUACCUCAAGCCUAGCUUCUCUUGAAAUGCAGAUGUUGCUAUCAGGCUCCAAAGAGCAGGCUUCAGACUGAGGAGCCCAAGACAUGAUGGACUUGCUUUUGAGGGAGAUGGAGAAUGAUGUCUUUCUCAGGCCCAAAGCUUAAAACUAAUGCAUGCUUUGCUGAUCACUUCUUAGGCCUUAGACCUAUGGUAUCGGGUAUACUGCUCUGCAUGUCAUCUUUCUUGCUUCCAAAUAGUAGAAACUGGGGGAAACUUUUGUAUUCAACUGAUUAAAAUCUUGUCAUUUUGGGUAAAUAUGGCAAGUCGAGAAGUUUUUCCUAAUAAAAUUUUGUUAAUGGA